AAGAGCCGGGGAGCCCCCAGAGGGGGGAAAAAGGGGGGCGGCUCCGCAGCGCCUCACUCGCGCAGUCCCCGCGCAGGGCCGGGCAGAGGCGCAGCGCAGCUCCCCGGGCGGCCCCGCUCCAGCCUCCCUGCUCACCCGCGAUGGCUUCUCCUUCCAAGGCGAAGGAGGUUUUCUCCUCCGACGAGGAGGGCCCGGCGGCCGGCUCCGAGGAGCACCACAAAGUCAAGGUGUCCAGCUUGCCGUUCAGCGUGGAAGCCCUCAUGUCCGACAAGAAACCCCCCAAAGAGCUGCCGCUUGCCGCGGCGGGGGGCAGCGCCGACGGGGCGGCCGUGGGCACCUCCAGGAACCUGCUGCUGCCGGGCCACGGCUCCCGGGACGCGCACAGCCCCCCCGGGGCUCUUACAAAAACCUUCGACACCGCCUCGGUUAAAUCGGAGAACUCGGAGGACGGCACGUCCUGGAUCCAAGAGGCCGGCAGAUACUCGCCUCCGCCAAGACACCUGAGCCCCACUGCCUGCACCCUGAGGAAGCACAAGACGAAUAGGAAGCCCCGAACCCCGUUCACCACUUCCCAGCUGCUGGCUCUGGAGCGCAAGUUCCGCCAGAAGCAGUAUCUGUCCAUCGCUGAGAGAGCCGAGUUCUCCAGCUCCCUCAACCUCACAGAGACCCAGGUCAAAAUCUGGUUCCAGAAUCGGAGAGCCAAGGCCAAGAGACUGCAGGAGGCUGAGCUAGAGAAGCUCAAAAUGGCAGCGAAGCCCAUGUUGCCGUCAGGGUUCAGCCUCCCUUUCCCCAUCAACUCUCCCAUCCAGGCCGCCUCACUGUACGGAACAUCGUACCCUUUUCACAGACCUGUGCUUCCUAUCCCGCCCGUUGGACUCUAUGCUACUCCUGUUGGAUAUAGCAUGUACCACUUAUCCUAAGAAGAUCAGAAAGGCAAAGCGACAGCAAGACAGACUUCCUGGUGGAUCUUGUCCAACCCUGAGAAGGCAGUACCCCAACCAGUACUGGCCAUUCUUACUGCAGGCUUCUAAAUGCCAUCCCAAGUGUACAGGAGUUCGCGUUAGCAAAGCAAGGCAUCCUGUAUGCUACAGGUUGGGUGUCUUCUGAGAGUGCUCUGAGCGCUCAGAGUCUGAUCCUCAGAGAAAAAAAAAAGUAAAAACAAACUAAAAAAAAGUAAAAACAUUUGAGCAAAUGUAGGGUUUUUAUACAGUGCAUGUAAAAAUAGAAUAAAAAGGAAUGGGUGGAAAAAAAAAUAUUUUAUGGAGGCAGAGAUUUCCCAACACCUUACAAGAUGGGGCCCAACGUGUUUAAAGUAAAAGGGGUACAUGCCCUAAACCCACACUCUCAAGUGUCAUCAUUUACUAUGGGGGCAGGGGGAGGGAAAUAAAAAGUUAUAAUUAAGGUGUUCGGGAGGGUUUUGUUUUCGUUGUUGUUCUUUGUUUUUUAAAGAAAGCAGAGCCCUUAGAUACAGACACUGUGUAAAUAGAAAUUAGACCCAGUAGAGUCUGAGUGAAGUUCAGAGCCAGCAAGUUCCUGCAUUUCUAGGGGUAGGCAAAGUUUUUUUGCAUCCCAAAUAUCGACAGACCUUUGCAACAAGAUGAGAGGCCCUUAAAUGCAGAAAGUAAAGCAACAGCUUUUUCCACCAUUGGCUCUUGUAAUGCCUUUAUCUGUAUAAAUUUAUUGUUUGUAAAGCACUGCGAGGGGAGGUAGAGUGCAAGGGAAGGUAAUUAGGCAUUCUGCCUUUAUCUCUUCCUAUUGGUGUGCUUAGAAAUCUUUGUCUACAGCUAGGCUCGGAAAUGGUUUUUGAAAACCAUUCAAAAGGGAGGGAAGGAAGUUUCUGGGGAAAGACGACGUGGGUUUUUUCUUCAGUGAUGGUGAGCAAGCGUUGUCGAACUCUGUGGAGAAGUUUGGUAUUUUUUAUUAGUAUUUGCAGCAGUCUAUAUUAAAUAGAAUCCCCCAUGUCUUCCUCUCCUCCCCUUGCAAGGAUGCUAAUGUAAGUGGUUCAUGCUUCAAGCCCUUUUAAAGAGAGAUCCAGGUAUCAAAAUCCAACAGCGUUACUUGUAGGAUGGUAGGGAGCCAAGAGACUGCAUAACCUCUGUCCCCGUGGGAGCUCCCCAAGUGCUGGCAGUGUCUUCCCCGGGCUUCUCGAGAUAACUAUUGUAUUAUGUGUAUUACUCUUGCUAAACUUUGUGAGAAAAUUACUCCAAAGGCUGUGGAGCACUGAAGGCAGAGAUUGUCCUGGAUUUAUUUUCUUAGCAUGUUGAGAAGAAACCAAAAAGAAAAGGGCACUAAAAUGA